UUUCUAUUAAUUUAUAGCAUAGGUAGCACAGAUACGGGAAACAACAUGGACACGGCGAAACUGUGUUUUUUAUGUUAAGUUUCGUAUUUGAAACGUGUUCGAGAAUGUUGAUUGGAUAAAGUAUCCGUGCUACUUCAGUAGACAUGAAAUGCAAAAGAUUAUUAUUAUCUACCAAUUGCUUCUAUCAAUUUCCAUACAUGAUAAAACAUAAUUUUAGAUGGACCCAAUACUUCCCCAUCCAAACAAAUGCAUCAUAUACACCUAAAGCUUCAUGCUUUUUAGCCACUGAUCUCAUAAAGUCAUACUUUGAUAAGGGUUUAAUUAUAGAAGCACGCAACGUGUUCGAUGAAAUGCUUGACAGAGAUGUUGUUGCUUGGACAGCUAUGAUCUCAGGGUAUGUAUCCUGCAAUGAGCAUGUCUAUGCGUGGAGUAUGUUUCGUGAUAUGGUAAAGAGUAAACUCAACCCAAAUGCAUUUACAAUAUCAAGUGUUUUAAAGACUUGUAAAUGCAUGCACAGUCUUUCUUGUGGAAGUUUGGUUCAUGGAUUUGCUGUUAAGCUUGGCAUAGAAGGGUUUAUUUAUGUGGAUAAUGCAUUAAUGGAUAUGUAUGCUACUUGUUGCGUGAGCAUGAAGGAAGCAUGUCUGGUUUUUAAUAAUAUUGAAGUGAAAAAUGCUGUGUCAUGGACUACUAUAAUUGCUGGUUAUACUCAUAAAGGUCAUGGCCUUCUUGGGCUUCAAAUCUUCAGGCAGAUGUUACUGGAGGGAGAAGAAUGCAACUCGUACAGUUUUUCGAUUGCUGUUAGAGCGUGCGCUUCAAUUGGCUCAUAUAACUACGGACAACAAAUACAUGCAGCAGUAAUCAAACAAGGUUGUGAAUCUAGUCUUCCUGUUUUGAAUUCUAUAGUAGAUAUGUAUUGUAAAUGUGGUCAUUUAUCCAAGGCAAAUCAGUAUUUCAAUGAGAUGCCACGAAAGGAUUUAAUCACGUGGAAUGCCUUAAUAUCAGGAUAUGAAAGAUUUGACCCUAUUGAAGCCCUAUUCAUAUUUUCACAAUUGGAGUCAAAUGGUUUUAGUCCAGAUUGCAAUACUUUUACGAGUAUAACAGCUGCCUGCGCUAAUUUAGCAGUUUUGAGUUGUGGACAACAGGUUCAUGGAGGUAUCAUUCGCAGAGGCCUUGAUAGGGAAGUGGCAUUGGCUAAUGCAUUAAUUGAUAUGUAUGCAAAGUGUGGAAGCGUAACAGACUCGCAUAAAAUAUUUAUCGAAUUGUCUUGCAAAAAUUUGGUAUCUUGGACUUCUAUGAUGAUUGGUUAUGGAGCUCACGGUUAUGGCAAAGAGGUAGUUGAGUUGUUUGACGAGAUGAUUGAGUCGGGUAUCCAACCCGAUCAAAUUGUGUUUAUGGCAGUUUUGAGCGCUUGUAGUCAUGCUGGAUUAGUAGACCACGGUUUGAGAUACUUCAACUCAAUGAUAGUCGAUUAUAACAUCGAACCGGAUCUUGAGAUUUACGGAUGUGUAGUGGAUUUGCUAGGCAGAGCUGGGAGAGUUGAGGAGGCGUACAAUCUGAUGGAAAGCAUGCCAUUCAUGCCCGAUGAAUCGGUUUGGUGUGCUCUUCUUAAUGCUUGUAAAGCACAUGGGAUACCGAGUUUGGCAGCUACGCAAGUACUGGACUUGAGGCCAAAAUUGAGCGGGACUUUUCUGAUGCUGUCGAAUAUAUAUGCAUCUGAAGGGAAGUGGGGGGAAUUCGCAAGAGUGAGGAAAUUGAUGAAGGGAAUGGGAAAUAAAAAAGAAGUUGGGAGAAGUUGGAUUGAGGUUAGAGAUAAAGUUUAUAGUUUUGUUGUGGGAGAUAAAGUUGGUGAUGAAAUAGAGAGGGUAUAUGAAGUUUCCAAAUGGUUGAUUCAGCAUAUGGAUUAUGUACCUUAUGUAGAUUGUUUACUACAUGACUUGGAAGACAAUAUGAAUUGAAUUUAGGCCUAAUUACUUAAAAAAAACCCACCUUAUACUUUUUUUCGUUUA